AUGGUCCAGUGGAUCACACAUUUAAGAGUCAAGACACCUCAUUGUGCAGAUAAUCAUUGUGACACACUACAUCUACCAAAUCUUCAAUGGAACACCAAGAUAGGCCCUCCACCCAGAGAAGUGCAACCUUUCAAUUUUGGGAUAGACUUCAACAUCCCUUCCACGCCCACAAAGUUUAACUUUGGUAUGGACCUCAAAAAUCUGACGGCGCAGGCGCCGACAUUACUGGCUUCUUCCAAUUUGGUUCAAGCUUUCAAUUUCAGGAUGGAUAUUAAUGUUCCUCCCAUGCCCCCAAAGUUUAACUUUGGUAUGGACAUUGAAAUUCCGCUGGUGGAGGCGGCAGCACCACCAGCGUCUUCUAAUUCGGGAGCAGCUUUCAACUUUGGCAUGGCUUUACCCAUUGUGCCGGUGGCCCCAUUCAACUUCGGCCUGGAUUUACCUGUUCUUGUCACAGAGACCCCGGCGACCACCACACCAUGUCUAAACCCAUUCAACUUCGGGUUUGAUCUUGACAUCCCGGUGAGACAACCAGAAGAUCCUAUUCCUCCUGCAUCCCACUAUGUUGGAUACAACUUCAACAAUAACGCUUUUGAGUUUGUUGCCAAGUCUCCAACGCUGGUUGGGAAGUGGAAGCCAGUACCAAUUCAGGCAAUGGCACCACACACAGACAUACAUUUGCCGACACCACCUCCUGAUUUGCCAACCCGCACCAUGGCACUGGAACCUAUCCCAACAUUGCCGGCAAGCAUCAGUGCUUCCAAGCCAUCCAUGCCUACUGAGCAACCGGGUCCUUCCAUUCAACCCCAUGGUUCAUAUCAACCAAGGACACUCACAAGCCCGGAAGGUGUGGUACCAGACAUAGGAAGACCUACAUCGGAGGCCCCUGGUGAACAUACACUUGCAUCAUUGAUCGGUGAUUCUGAGCAGGCAGCGAUUUGGAUUCUUGAAAGGAUACAAGGAACAACUGUUGACAAAGUAGCACAAGCAAUGCUUGGUGGCGUCAUCCGACAGGAUGAAUCCAUCCAAGACCCAAAGCCUGAUGAGGUUCUCAGCAUCAACAGAGCAAUGCUGUUGGCGUUCUAUAACACUAGGGACAGGCUCACAAAAGUCUUCCAAGACCUACUCGAUUUACAUUACAUUUCAGAAGUUCAUGCCUGGAUUGUUCCUCCAGUGAUAUCCCUGAUCCAUGAGGUAGAGAUAGCUGAGGCCAAAGAUGCCCUCUGA